GAUGACUGAAAAUACUGCCAAUCAAUAUAGACGUCGAACUUAUGUUAAAGUUUCUCCUAUAUAAAAAACAUAGUUAAUAAAUCUUGUAUUUUAAGAGUAAUGGAAGAUUAAAAAAGUAAUUAAUUUGCUUUUUACUAGUUAGGCAGCUAAGUUUCUUUACGUUAAGUAUGCGUCUGCUAAAAGUAUCGUCUUGAAAUACAGAAAAUAUUCAAUACAAAAAAAAAUGCCAACUCUUCCAGAAAUUAAACGAUGCCAUUACAAACCAUUAAGAAAUGGAAAACAUAAUUAUAAAAUCAUAUGUCUGAGAGGAGGUAUUUUUUAAAACACAAUUAAAAAUUUCUCUCUGAAAUAAUGA